AUGAAUCUGAGAAGACUCUCUCGCGCAAGCCACGUACUCACCCUCCCCUCGAAAUCUACACCACACGCCCCAAAAAAACUCCACACAACCCGAUCGAAAGAACAAGCUUCCCCCGAUCACCACUUACGCGAACGAUUAUCCGCGGCCUUAUCAAGAAGAUUUCUAGAUUACAAACACUGCAAACAACUCAUAACCGCCUUAUCGCCUCACGAGUUCGAUAGAUUGUUUCCUGAGUUCAAAUCUAAAGUCAAUCCCAAGACGGUUUUGGAUUUCUUCAGAUUAGCCUCUGAUUCGUUUAGCUUCCCCUUUAGCCUCCGUUCGUAUUGCUUAUUGAUAGGUUUGUUACUCGAAUCGAAUCUGUUAUCUCCCGCUAGGUUAGUUCUAAUCCGUUUGAUCAACGGAAACGUUUCCGUUAAUGAUUACGAUUCGAAUCGAUUCGCGGUUGCUGAUGCGAUGGCGAGUUUGAGUUCGUGUUUUGAUCAAGAAACCAGAAGGAGACUCUCCGAUUUGUUGAUUGAGGUUUACUGUACAGAGAUUAAGCGUGGUGGUUGUUAUCUAGCUCUUGAGGUGUUUCUUGUUCUUGUGAAGAAUGGAUUGUUUCCGUCUAAGACGACUUGUAACGUUUUGUUGACGUCUCUAGUGAGAGCCAACGAGUUUGAGAAGUGUUGUGAAGCUUUUGAGGUUGUUUGCAAAGGUGUUUCUCCUGAUGUUUACUUGUUCACUACCGCCAUUAACGCGUUUUGCAAGGGAGGGAAAGUGGAGAAGGGAAUGGAGUUGUUUUCGAAGAUGGAGGAAGCUGGCGUUGCGCCGAAUGUUGUUACUUACAAUGCCGUUAUAGAUGGUUUGGGGAUGAGUGGGAGGUAUGAUGAGGCGUUUAUGUUUAAGGAGAAGAUGGUGGAGAAUGGUGUGGAGCCGACUCUUGUCACUUAUAGUAUUCUUGUCAAGGGUUUGAUCAAGGCGAAGAUGGUUAGUGAUGCUUGUUGUGUAUUGAAGGAAAUGACGGAGAAAGGGUUUCCUCCUAAUGUUAUUGUGUAUAAUAAUUUGAUUGAUGGUUUGAUCGAGGCUGGGAGUUUGAGCAAAGCUAUUGAGGUAAAGGAUGAUAUGGUUGCAAAGGGGUUGUCUCUCACAUCGGCGACGUAUAAUACUCUCAUAAAGGGAUACUGCAAGAGCGGUCAAGCUGAUGUUGCAGAGGGUCUACUGAAGGAAAUGUUGUCGAUGGGUUCAAAUGUAAAUCAGGGCUCCUUUACAUCUGUGAUUUGUUUGUUGUGCAGUCGUGGUAUGUUUGACUCAGCACUUUGUUUUGUUGGUGAAAUGCUACUGCGUAACAUGAGUCCUGGUGGUGGGUUACUUACUACAUUGAUUUCUGGUCUUUGUAAGCAUGGGAAACACUCAGAGGCAGUAGAUCUUUGGUUUAAAUUCUUACGUAAAGGUUUUGUAAUAGACACUAAGACUUCGAAUGCUUUGCUUCAUGGACUCUGUGAAGCAGGGAAGUUGGAGGAAGCUUAUAGGAUUCAACAAGAGAUAUUAGUGCGUGGUUUAGUUAUGGAUACCAUUUCAUAUAACACGUUGAUUUCUGGAUAUUGCAGAGAGAGGAAACUGGAGGAAGCUUUCAAGUUAAUGAAUGAAAUGGUUGAGAGAGGACUUAAGCCUGACAACUAUACUUACAGCAUAUUGAUCCGUGGGCUGUUUGAUAUGAACAAAGUCGAUGAGGCCAUACAGUUUUGGGGUGCUUGUAAACAGAAUGGUAUGGUUCCAGAUGUUUAUACAUAUUCAGUCAUGAUAGAUGGAUGUUGUAAAGCUGAACGAGCAGAAGAGGGUCAGAAAUUGUUUGAUGAGAUGAUGAGCAGGAAUGUGCAGCCAAAUACUGUUGUUUACAAUCAUCUAAUCCGAGCAUAUUGUAGAAGUGGGAGGCUAUCAAUGGCCUUGGAUCUCCGUGAAGAUAUGAGAAACAGAGGAAUUUCACCUAAUUCUGCUACAUAUACUUCACUAGUAAAGGGGAUGUCAGUUAUUAGCCGUGUUGAGGAGGCAAGACUCCUCCUCGAGGAGAUGAAGGAGGAGGGUUUGGAACCGAAUGUCUUUCAUUAUACAGCACUUAUUGAUGGGUACGGUAAACUGGGUCAGAUGGUCAAAGUUGAGUGUCUUUUGCGUGAGAUGAAUUCAAAGAACAUAGUCCCAAACAAGAUUACCUAUACCGUGAUGAUUGGUGGGUAUGCCAGAGAUGGGAAUGUAACAGAAGCUUCCAGGCUUCUAAAUGAGAUGAGGGAAAAAGGAAUUGUUCCGGAUUCUAUCACAUACAAAGAAUUUAUAUAUUGGUAUCUUAAGCAGGGAGGUGUUUUGCAAGAUUUUGAAGGCUCUGAUAAAGAAAAUUAUGCAGUAAUCAUUGAAGGAUGGAGCAAAAAGAUACAGUAG